AUGCUCGGUUUCUUUGGGGAGAUAAAUCCGAGAUUCUUCCCAGGCCCAAAUCGUAUCCCAACCGCCGUGAUUGUCACCGAGCGAGCCUCGUGGGAUAGAUCCGAGCCAGUAGCCAACGAAUCCGACCCGACCACUGUACCGGAGCACUUCCCUGAGUUCGGAUUGUUCGGCUCCGGCGGUGAAGGCCCAUCGUCUCUGGUGGGAAGAAAAAGAUCACGAUUACAAGAUGGUUUCACUAGCCCAUCCUCCCCGAAGGGUUUUGCGCAAUCAAUACCACAAGAACGAUUUAAUGCCACCAAAUCAGUUUGUGUGUGCUGCUCAUCCAUUCUUGGAGUCGAGCGUGGAGACAGAGCCUCCCCAUCCAGCACAGACGAAGGGGGGAGCCAAAAUCUCCACCCCUUCAAAGCCAAUUUUUUACUUCUUUUGAAAGAAUCAACACCGGAGAACUCCACAGCUUCACCUAGAGUCUCCAAUCGCUUUCAUUUCCGGUUUGAGAUGGCCCUUUGA